AUGGAAGCAGUCCAGUGUAAUCAACCUGCCACCAGAGCUGGCUGGUCACCUGGGGAAUGGUGUCAUAUUCGGGCUCAGUGUUGGUCUCUUCUGCUGGCAGAUCGGGCACUCAGCAGUGGCCAUGGCCAGAUCGGCCUUGGUGAAAUAACAGACUCUGACAUUAGUAGCUCCUUCUCCAGCUCAGAACCAGACUCUUCCUCAGCGUACAAAGAGUUCUGUAAUGGCCUUGGAGAUGAGUUUAGUGCCCAUUUGCCCCUGCCCGCCGCCGUGGCCGAGCUGCCGGUGCUGGACGCCUCCGGGAGGCGGGUGCUGUUCGGCGCGCUGUUCCGGGAGCGCCGGGCCGUGGUGGUCUUCGUGCGGCAUUUCCUGUGUUACAUCUGCAAGGAAUAUGUAGAAGAUCUGGCCAAAAUCCCCAGGAGUUUCUUACAAGAGGCAAAUGUCACCCUUAUAGUGAUUGGACAGUCAUCCUACCAUCAUAUUGAGCCUUUCUGCAAACUGACUGGGUAUUCUCAUGAAAUCUAUGUUGACCCUGAGAGAGAAAUUUAUAAAAGAUUGGGAAUGAAAAGAGGUGAAGAAAUUGCGUCCUCAGGAGACCCAGCUCAGCAGGGCGGAACCCUCGUUUUAGGUCCAGGUAACAGCAUCCAUUUUAUACACCGUGAUAGGAAUAGGUUGGACCACAAACCCAUCAACUCUGUUUUACAGCUUGUAGGAGUUCAGCCUGUGGACUUUACAGGCAGACCUUCAGUUAUCCACGUGUGACAGUACAGGCUUUCCCGUGGACCCUUGCGAUAUGCCCAGAAAUGUCAGCGUGUAGUAUCCCUGUGCAGCAUCUAACUUGUUGGCUCUUCCCAGCCUUUGAGGAGUUAUGAACGAAUAAAGAGACCAUGUACCAGUUGAAUUGCAUGCUGAGAGGCAUCAGUUAUCAAAGAUGUGAUAUAUAUUUAUAAUUUUAUAGCUUUUAAAGUUUUAGACAAAAUAAAAUUUUAUUUAUACAUAGUAAAACUUUAAAAGCUAUAAAAUUAUAAAUACCAUUCUUUAUUUUACAUUAUGGUAUAUCCAUUCAGUGAAAGUUUUUGUUAGCCAUUAAAAUCAUAAAUUUUUAUGAAACAUACAAGGGGAAGGGUAAACAAGUCAAGACCAUUUUAUUCACGGAAAAAAGCAGGAUAUCAAAUUCUGUAAACAAUAUAAUCACAUUUUUUAUGUAUAUGUUUAUAUUUUUGUGUGCUUAAAAAAAAAAGACAGGAAAUAAACACACCAGAAUAUUGCCAGUAGGUGUCUCUACGUGGUAGGAUUACAGGUAUUUUUGUUUUCUUUUCCAUACUUUUCUCUAUUUCCAAAAUAUUC